GCGGUCGACACUUUCAUAUGAUAGACCACCAAAUGAAUGAGUGAAUUCUACGCGGGGAGAUUCUGUCAGGAUUUGAAAACCAACUUUAAUGUCGAAUAAUACGUUGAGUGAACACUGAAAAUAAAUUAUUAACCCGUUUAUACCGUCAAAACAGCGCGUGUUCAGUGGAGCUGUCAGUUUUUAUUGCUCAUUCAACCAACCGGCAGCAAAAUAUUGAAUUGUCUCUAGCGCUGCCCGCCCGCGUUUUAAAGGGCCACGGCAAGUAUUGACAAGUUUGUUGUCCGAACAUUUCAGCUUGCUAUCACAUACCAUUGACGAACCUGGAUUCACUAAACAGUUAUCAUGUCGUCGGGAGCGGAGAAAAGGCUAGACAGCCGAAGGAAAAAGUUGGAAUUCAUGAUCAGAGACCCGAAGUCAGCGUUAAACGUGGAGAGUUUACUGGAGUCCAUGAAUGCCUUGGCCCUGGAUCUGGACUACCCGGCACUACGAAAAAACAAAAAUAUAGACGCCUUCUUAAACCGAUAUGAGAAGUCCAUGGUUAAGAUGCGUGACCUGCAGGUAAAGCUGGAGGACUUUGACAGGGUGAAGAUGAUCGGCAGAGGAGCCUAUGGAGAGGUGCAACUGGUCCGUCACAAGGCGUCUCAGAAGGUGUACGCCAUGAAAAAGAUGAGCAAGUUUGAGAUGAUCAAGCGCUCGGACUCUGCCUUCUUCUGGGAGGAGAGAGACAUCAUGGCUUUCUCCAACAGCCCCUGGGUCAUACAGCUAUGCUGUGCUUUCCAAGAUGAACGCCACCUUUACAUGGUUAUGGAGUAUAUGCCCGGUGGAGACCUGGUCACCUUGACCAUGAACUAUGACAUACCAGAGAAGUGGGCCCGAUUCUACACUGCCGAGGUGGUGCUGGCUCUAGAUACCAUACACUCUAUGGGUUUCAUCCACCGUGACGUGAAACCAGACAACAUACUGCUGGACCAAAAUGGCCACCUCAAGCUGGCUGACUUCGGCACCUGCAUGAAGAUGGACUCGAUGGGUAUGGUCCACUGUGACACGGCGGUGGGGACUCCGGACUACAUCUCCCCCGAGGUGCUCAAUUCUCAGGGGGGCGACGGCUACUAUGGCCGCGAGUGUGACUGGUGGUCUGUGGGGGUCUUCAUCUUUGAGAUGCUGGUCGGUGACACCCCAUUUUAUGCAGAGUCACUAGUAGGAACGUACGGGAAGAUCAUGGAUCACAAGAAUAACCUUAACUUCCCAGACAAUGUGCAGAUGUCCAACGAUGCCAAGGACCUCAUCUGUGCCUUCCUGUCUGACAGGGAGGUGCGUCUGGGGAGGAACGGCGUGGAGGAGAUCAAGAGACACCCCUUCUUCAGGAAUGACCAGUGGACCUUCCACACCAUCCGACAGACUGUGGCCCCAGUUGUACCAGAGCUGAGCAGUGACAUAGACACCAGUAACUUUGAUGAGAUUAAGGAUGACAAAGGCGACGUGGAGACCUUUCCCACACCAAGGGCCUUUGUGGGCAACCAGCUGCCAUUCGUGGGCUUCACCUACUUCAAGGAAGACCAGCUGCUGAGAGGUGGGAAUACAGGGAUAUCUGUGGAGGACUCUAAAGACUGUAAGGAUAGCUCGGAGGAAAAAGAGGACAGCAUCAAAGGAGAGCUACAAAAUAAACUCCAUUGUCUGGAGGAGCAGCUCAACCAUGAGAUGCAGGCCAAAGAUGACCUCGAGCAUAAGUGCAAGACUACCACUAGCCGUCUAGAGAAGCUGGUCAAAGAGAUCGACGAGGAGAUGAACAGCAGGCAGAGAGUGGAGUCAUCGCUGAGGCAGCUGGAGAGAGAGAGGGCCCUGCUGCAGCACCAGAGUGCUGAGAACCUCCGCAAGGUGGAGAUGGAGGCGGGCAGGAAACGCAGCCUCGAGAAUGAGCUAAACGGCCUGCGGGACCAGCUUGAAGAGCUGAAGAGGAGGAACCAGAACUCUCAGCUCUCCAACGAGAAGAACAUCCACCUGCAGAGACAGCUGGAGGAGGCGACAGCGGUGCUGGCCGAGGAGCAGGAGGCGGCGGGGCGGCUGCGGAGGAGCCAGUCAGAGGCCCAGAAGCAGGCCCAGGCCCUGGAGUUCAAUCUCAGGGAGCUGGUGGACAACUGCACCCAGCUGGAGAACGCCAAGAUGGGCCUGGAGCAGCAGCUUAUGGGUCUGCAGGCCGACCUGGAGGCCGAGAGGCGGGACCGCAGCCUAGGGACAGAGAUUAUACUGGACCUGCAGGGGCAUAUCCAGGGUCUGGAGGCGGAGGUGAAGCAUGUGAAGGGUUCUCUCUCCAAUUCACAGAUGGAGGAGAGGCAGCUACAGCAUAGGCUCACUGACAUGGAAAAGGAGAAGAGCAACCAGGAGAUUGACCUGGCAUUCAAGCUCAAGUCACUGCAGCAGAGCUUUGACGCGGAGCGGGCAGAGCACAAGGUCACCAAGACACGCCUGGCUGACAAGAACCAGAUCUACGAGUCCAUCGAAGAAGCCAAGUCUGAGGCCCUGAAAGGGAUGGAGCGGACGCUGCAGGAGGAGCGGAGCCACAAGCUGCAGUUGGAGUCCAGGCUGCUGCACCUGGAGAAGGAGCACUCCAUGCUGGACUGUGACUACAAGCAGGCUGAGCACAAGCUGGACGAGCUGCGCACGCACAAGGACAAACUCGCUGAGGAGGUUAAGAACCUGAGCCUGUGUAUGGAGCAGGAGGAGAAAAAGCGCAUGCUGAGCCAGAACGACCUGAAUGUCCAGACCCAGCAGGUGACUGCUCUGUGCUCCUCGGAGAAGCAGCUGAAGCAGGAACUCAACCACCUGCUAGACAUGAAGCACAGCCUGGAGAAACAGAACCAGGAGCUACGCAGGGAGAGACAGGAGACUGACGGACAGCUGAAGGAGAUGAAGGACCAGCUGGAGGCUGAACAGUAUUUCACGACCCUGUACAAGACCCAGAUCCGGGAGCUGAAGGAGGAGUGUGAUGAGAGGAACAAGCUGUAUAAGGACAUUCUGCAGAGACUGGAGGAGUACCAGGAGGAAAGGGAUUCCCUGGCAGCACAGCUGGGGGCGAGCCUAACCAAGGUGGACUCUGAACAGCUGGCGCGCUCCAUCGCCGAGGACCAGUACUCCGAUCUGGAGAAGGAGAAGAUCAUGAAGGAGCUGGAGAUCAAGGACAUGAUGGCCCGACACAGGCAGGAGCUAGGGGACAAAGAGGCCACCAUCGGCUCGUUGGAGGAGUCCAACCGCACCCUGACCGUGGACGUGGCCAACCUGGCCAAUGAGAAAGAGGAGCUCAAUAACCAACUGAAGGAGAUGCAGCAACAGCUCCAGAAGGCCAGGGAGGAGGAGAGACAUAUGAACAGUGUGAAGAUGUCCUUCGAGAAGAAUCUGCAGACGGAGAGAACACUUAAGAUACAGGCGGUCAACAAGCUGUCUGAAAUCAUGAACCGGAGGGAGACGAUGCGUGCGGGUCACCGCCACGAUGACACCCUGGACAUGCGCAGGAAGGAGAAGGAGAACAGGAAGCUACAGUUGGAGCUGAGAUCGGAGAAGGAGAAACUCAACAGCACCAUCAUAAAGUACCAAAGAGAGAUAAACGAUAUGCAGGCGGUGUUAUCAGACGAGAGCCAGGUGCGCAUGGAGCUCCAGAUGGCCUUGGACAGUAAGGACAGUGACAUUGAGCAGCUGCGCUGUCAGCUGACCUCUCUUAGCAUCCACUCUAUGGACUCCACCAGCAUCAGCAGCAGUAACGACAUGGACGACAGCGGUUACCCAGAUACCAGGCUGGAGGGCUGGCUAUCACUUCCUGUGAAGAACACCAAGAGAUUUGGAUGGGAUAGAAGGUAUGUGGUGGUAAGCAGUAAGAAGAUCUUGUUCUACAAUAGUGAUAUGGACCGAGAGCAGUCCAACCCCUACAUGAUCCUAGACAUUGAUAAGCUGUUCCACGUCCGACCAGUCACUCAAACAGACGUGUACCGUGCUGACACCAAAGAAAUCCCCAGGAUAUUCCAGAUCCUUUACGCCAAUGAGGGCGAGAGCAAGCGGGAGCAGGAGUUUGCGGUGGAGCCGCCGGCGCUGGCGGGCGAGCGCUCGUCCUACGUUAAGCACAAGGGUCACGAGUUUAUCCCCACUCUCUACCACCUGCCUUCGAGUUGUGAGGCAUGCACGCGGCCCCUGUGGAACGUGUUCAAGCCGCCGCCCGCGCUGGAGUGCCGCCGCUGCCACACCAAGUGCCACAAGGACCACUUAGACCGGAAUGAGGAGGCCAUUGCCCCCUGCAGGGUGAACUACGACAUAUCCACGGCCAAAGACCUACUCCUACUGGCCGGCUCUCAGGAGGAGCAGCAGCGAUGGGUCAGCCGGCUAAUCAGACGCAUCCCGAGGAAACACCCUGGACCCGCCUCCUUGGUCCAAGCCCCCGAGCCACCUUCCCACUCCUCCCCCCGACUCUCCCCUGGCGCCUCCCCCCGCAACUCUCCAAGCCUGUCCCCCCACCGCGGAGCCAUCAAGGUCCAGCCCAGUCGCCAGCAGACUCAGCCUGCAGGGAAGCCCAGCUUACCUCUAUAAUACAAUGGUUAGGUGUAUCCUCUCACAUCAUGUGGACUUUGACUGGAGCCUGGACACACAGUGGAACACACAUCUACUUGCCUUGUUCACAAAUGGCACCCUAUGGCUCUGGUCAAAAGUUGUGCACUCUAUAGGGAAUAGGGUGUCAUUUGAGACACACCCAAAGACUGCAAAACGCCAAGCAUUUACAAAUCUUUUAUGGGAAGAGGGUAAAGGUUAAUGUUGCAUUUACAGUGCCUUCGGAAAGUACUCAGACCCUUGACUUUUUCCACAUUUACGUUACAGCCUUAUUCUAAAAUGAAUUAAAUAAAUUAAAAAAUCCUCAGCAAUUUACACACAAUACCCCAGAAUGAUGAAGCAAUAAACAGGUUUUUAUACAUUUCUGCAAAUGUAUUAAAGAUAAAAAACAGAAACCUUAAUUACAAAAAUAUGUAGACCCUUUGCAAUGAGAUUUGAAAUUGAUCUCAGGUGCAUCCUGUUUCCAUUAAUUAUCCUUGAUGUUUCUACAACUUGAUUGGAAUCCACCUGUGGUAAAUUCAAUUGAUUGGACAUGAUUUGGUAAGGCACACACCUGUCUAUAUAAGGUCCCACAGUUGACAGUGCAUGUCCGAGUAAAAUUCAAGCCGUGAGGUCAAAGGAAUUGUCUGUAGAUCUCUGAGACAGGAUUGAGUCGAGGCAUAGAUCUGGGGAAGGGUACGAAAACAUUUCUGCAGCAUUGAAGGUCCACAAGAACGCAGUGGCCUCCCUUCUUAAAUGGAAGAAGUUUGGAAGCAGCAAGACUCUUCCUAGACCUAGCAGCCCAGCCAAACUGAACAAUCGGGGGAGAAGGGCCUUGGUCAGGUAGGUGAAACCGAUGGACUUAAUCUUCUUGGACCAAGAAACCGAUGGUCACUCUGACAGAGCUCCAGAGUUCCUCUGUGGAGAUGGGAGAAACUUCCAGAAGGACAACCAUCUCUGCAGCACUCCACCAAUUAGUCCUUCAUGGUAGAGUGGCCAGAUGGAAGCAACUCCUCAGUAAUAAGCUCAUGAUAGCCUGCUAGGAGUUUGCCAAAAAACACAUAAAGAACUCUCAGACCAUGAGAAACAAGAUUUUCUUGUCUGAUGAAACCAAGAUUGAACUUUUUGGCCUGAAUGCCAAGCGUCAUGUCUGGAGGAAACCUGGCACCAUCCCUACGAUGAAGCAUGGUGGUGGCAGCAUCAUGCUGUGGGGAUGUUUUUCAGCGACAGGGAAUUAGAGACUAGUCAGGAUCGUGGAAAAGAUUAACAGAUCAAAGUACAGAGAUCCUUGAUGAAAACCUGUUCCAGAUUGCUUAGGACCUCAGACUAGGGCGAAGGUUGACCUUCCAACAGGACAAUGACCCUAAGCACACAGCCAAGACAACGCAGGAGUGGUUUCGAGGCAAGUUUAUGAAUAUCCUUGAGUGGCCCAGCCAGAGCCUGGACUUGAACACGAUAGAACAUCUCUGGAGAGACUUGAAAAUACCUGACAGAGUUUGAGAGGAUCUGCAGAGAAGAAUGGGAGAAACUCCCCAAAUACAGGUGUGCCAAGCUUGUAGCGUCAUACACAAGAUGACUCAAUGCUGUAAUCCCUGCCAAAGGUGCUUCAACAAAGUACUGACUAAAGGGUCUGAAUUCUUAUGUAAAUGUGAUUUAUUUUUUACAAAUUAGCAAACAUGUCUAUAACUGUUUUUGCUUUGUCAUUAUGGGGUAUUGUGUGUUGAUGAGGGGAAAAAAACUAUUUUGUCAAUUUUAGAAUAAGGCUGUAUCGUAACAAAAUGUGGAAAAAGUCAAGGGGUCUGAAUACUUUCCGAAAGCACUGUAUGUAAGCACUGCAGUCUGACUCACAUCUGUCUCAGUAAACCAAAUGGUUCCACAUUUUGCCUUAUACAGAGUUCUGGCCCCAGAUCUCUUUGUGCUGUCCAUUGCUGUGUCAUUAUUACACCAAUGGCACAAACAGAUCUGUGACCAGGCUUUAUACAGUAUUCAUGUCACAGCAAAUGUCUGUUUCAUGACUUCAUGGAAUCAAAUACUUUGCAGGUCGCUCUACAACUGCCUUAUUUUAUAAAUGAUUCCUGCCAUGAUGAAAUACAUAGACAUACACUGAGUGUACAAAACAUUCAAGACACCUUCCUAAUAUUGAGUUGCGCCCCCUUUUGCCAUCAGAACAGCUUCAAUUCGAUGAGGCAUGCUCUCUACAAAGUGUCAAGCGUUCCACAGGGAUGCUGUCCAUGUUGACUCCAAUGCUUCCAACAGUUGUGUCAAGUUGGCUGGUAGUGGAUCUCUACUCUGAAUAGCUUGUUUCAUCUCAUUCCACAGAUGCUCAGUUGGAUUGAGAUCUGGUGACUGGGCAGGCCACUGCAGUAAGCUGAAUUUGUGUAUGCCUAUUUUGUCCCCUUUCAGUUCUUGACACACUCAAACCGGUGCACCUAGCACCUACUACCAUACCCUGUCCAAAGGCACUGAAAUCGUUUGUCUUUCUCAUUCACCUUCUGAAUAGCACACGUCUCAAUUGUCUCAAUGCUCAGAAAUCCUUCUUUAACCUGUCUCUUCCCUUUCAUCUACAUUGAUUGAAGUGGAUUUAACAGGUGACAUCAAUAAGGGCUCAUAGAUUUCACCUGGUCAGUCUAUGUCAUGGAAAGAGGUGGUCCUUAUGUUUUGUACAUUCAGUGUAUAUCUACCCGUCUUUAACAUAGAAAUAGAAUGAAUGGCCGCCAAACAUUAUUGCUUAAUAGACCUGAAUGGGGGAAUCCGUUAUAUUCAUUCUAAUUCAAUGUUCUUUACAUGCCUGGGUGAUCCUCAGAAACUAUAUUAUUGUAGAUGGUGUUGUAUUAAGUAUGUUUGUGAGAGUGUAUUGCCACAUAAAGAUAUGUGACAAUUGUAUUUCCCUGUAAUGUUACAAGAUGGGCUAUGUAUGAAGAAAAAAAUGGGCGAGAUUGAAAUCUGGGGUCAGUCCACAUUUGAUAUUCAGAUGGGUGCAUUGCUUCAUUCAAAUCAGUAUGUGUGUUGUAGCCUGAUCCCAGGUCUGUUUGUGCUGUCUUGCCAACAACAACGACAAUAGGAGCAAGACCGCACAAACAUCCGGGUCCAGGCUAAAGUGUUUGUCUUUAUGACAAAAUCAGGUAAACCAUGAUGUACAAUAUGGGAAUAUUAUUUCGCAAGCGCCCCAAUCAUAUAGAGUAAAGUUGUCCCUAGAUGCAUUUCCCCCAAUAAAGGAUUAUGGGAGGGAGGGAAAGCUGAUCCUAGAUCUGUCACUAGCAGAAACUUCACCCCGGAGCUUCUCGCUCCUCAGUUCACAGGCUUCUGUAAACUAUGGUGACCCUCAGACAGAACUGUAUCAUGUUCUGGGACCAAAAUGUGUUAUUAAGACAAAAGACCAGUGGAUAAGACUCUGUUCGUGGUUUCACAAGUCAGGGACUCAUCAGGGCAGGCAACAAAAUCAAAAAACAUUUUUUAAACAUUUUCCAAAUUAAGAUGAGCGUUUCUUAUUGGACAAGUACAGUUAGUCCCUCUAUGUUUCAGUCCGUUUUCUGUCAUUUGGUGCCUAAAGAACAUGACCCAGGUGACUGACUCUCCUCUCCAAAGCUCAUUCCACCUUUUUGACACCUCUUCUGUAGUGGAAUGUCAUGGCCAGCACAAAUCCAUUGAGCGAUGACAAGACAGCAAACCGAGUAAGAACUGAACGAAUUAAAGAACCAAGCGUUACAAACUGAUCACAGUAUCAGCUCAUUUCCUAAUGUUUAUAACCGCUGAAACUUAUCUUCUAUGUAUAUUGCAUAGAUCAGACAAAGACAUAGAGUUGGUUAGAGGAUGCACUUGGUCCAAAGCAUGCUUGAACAAAGGUAUGAGAUGAGCUCUCUAAUUAAUAGUCUAGCACAUCUUUAUGAACUAAGAUCACGUUUCUACAAAGCAGGCAGUAGAUACUGACCUUAUGUCUGUCGUCAUGAUUGUAUUAAACAUCUUCUCUGAAACAUGAUUUGAGUGUGAAAACGAACCUUCCAAACAGUCAGUCAUCACGUUUCCAUAACUGCCAAUCUCCUCAUGUAGACUAGCCUAACAGCACAGCCUAACCCCACUGUAUCUGCCAGCUGUUGGCUAGAGAGCACGUACCAAGACCAGAGUAGGCACAUUUACUAUUUAGCACAACAGUCUUUGUGACAAAAUUAUCAGUAGAUUUGAAAAUGCGAUGGAAACACAUUGAACUUUAGAUUUACAUUCGGUACAUGUAAACAAAAAAGUCAAUUUUAUGUGCACUAUGUCAUCAUGCACUGAUUUGCAUCUGCAAUUUGUUGGUGGGAAAAUGUGCAUAUAUUCUUUAUGCAGAUUCUAGAAUAUUUGCAUGAAAAUCUGUCACCAAUUGGAUGGAAACCUAGCUAGUGUAAUGGUUUUCCUCCUCUUCGUCUGAAGAGGAGAGGCGAGAAGGAUCGGAGGACCAAUAUGCGGCGUGGUAAGUGUCCAUGGUUGUUUAUUUAAACACAUAAACCGAACACUCCAUACAAAAACAAUAAACGUAACGUGAAUAACCGAAACCAAAAACAGUACCGUGUGGUGUAAAACACAGACACAGAAACAAACAGUGAAACCCAGGCGACCUAAAUAUGAUUCUCAAUCAGAGACAACUAACGACACCUGCCUCUGAUUGAGAACCAUACUAGGCCGAACACAGAAAACCAACCUAGAAACACAAAACAUAGAAUGCCCACCAAACUCACAUCCUGACCAAUGCAAACAAACAAAUAACACAAAUACGAGGGUCAGAACGUGACAGCUAGUCAUACCUCCAUUACUGUAAUAAAUUACGAAAGGGUGAACUAUCCCUUUAAAGCUGAAAUCCGUAGCAGUGAAACUCCCACUUCUGUAUGCGAUAUAUUACAAAGCAUAACUUAAAGCAGCAAACACAUUUUUUUCCCCUCUGACAUCAUUGCAUACGCGAUGGUACAUACUAUGCUGUUCUAUGAUUUUUUUAAAAAUUACCACAAUACAGGAUGCUCCUCUGCCCCGUUUCAAAAACAAUAACAAAUGUACCUGGGGCGACCAGUGUCGCUGUUUCACCUUAUGCGAAUCGCCGCUUUAAGUAUUCAGACCCCACAAUACCGAAGAACCAAUGGAAGAGGCACACUGUUCUAGUGCCAGACAUGUAGUCAGAUUCCCUACCCUUAAUCCUGAAGUGUACACCUGUUCACUCCCCCUGUGGAUUUAAAAGCAGUGGAAAGGUAAUACCGUGCAGUAUUGAAGAGCCCACACUGCUGCUCAAUCAUCCUAUUUUUCAACCUAAUUGAGGAGAAUAAGAACAAUCCCCCCCAAAAGAAAUUAUACUGUCACAAAGCUAAUUAAAAAGCAGCAUUCCCCAAGAGAGGGUGGCUUUCACUUCAGCAGUGAAGAAUUCAUGAACUUCUUCUUUGACGAAAAGAUUGAUCAUUAGAAAGCUAAUUACGGACUCCUCUUUGUAUCUGCUUAUUUCUCCAAAGCUCAGUUGUCCUGAGUCUGCACAGAACUGCCAGGACCUAGGAUCAAUUUGAGACACUCAAGUUUUUUAACCGUGUCUCUCGACACAUUCAUGAAAAUAGUCAUGGUCUCUAAAACUUCAAGCUGCAUACUGGACCCUAGUCCAACUAAACUACUGAAAUAGCUCAUUCCUGUGCUUGGCCCUCCUAUGUUCAACAUAUUAAAUAUCUCCCUAUCCUCAGGAUGUGUACCAAACUCACUAAAAGUGACAGUAAUAAAGCCUCUCUUGAAAAAGGUCAAACCUUGACCCGGGAAAAAUAAAAUAAUAAUAUUUGACUAUAUCGCAUCUCCCAUUCCUCUCAAACAUUUUAGAAAAAUCUGCUGCACAGCAACUCACUGCCUUCCUGAAGACAAAUAAUGUAUACAAAAUACUAUAGCACAUCAUUGCACUGAGACUGCACUCGUGAAGGUGGUAAAUUACAUUUGAAUAGCGUCAGACCAAGGCUCUGCAUCUGUCCUCCUGCUCACAGACCUUAGCACUGCUUUUGACACCAUCAAUCCCUAUAUUCUUUUGGAGAGAUUCGAAUCCCUAAUUGGUCUACACGUACAAGUUCUUGCUUGGUUUAGAUUUUAUCUGUCUGAAAGAUAUCAGUUUGUCUCUGUGGAUGAUUAUCCACUGACAAAUCAAUUGGAAGUUUCGGUGUUCCUCGAGGUUCUGUUUUAGAACCACUAUUGUUUUCACUAUAUAUUCUACCUCUUGGUGAUGUCUUUCGGAAACAUAAUGUCAACUUUCACUGCUAUGCGGACAACACACUGCUGUACAUUUCGAUAAAACAUGGUGAAGCCUGUGUUUCAGACAUAAGGAAAAGGAUGUUGUCAAAUGUUUUACUUUAUUUAUUACUUUGGUUUUUUCUCCCCAAUUUCAUGGUAUCCAAUUGGUAGUAGUUACAGUCUUGUCUCAUCGCUGCAACUCCCACACGGACUCAGGAGAGGCAAAGGUCAAGAGCCAUGCGUCCUCCGAAACACAACCCAACCAAGCCGCACUGCACAUCCAGCCCGGAAGCCAGCCGCACCAAUGUGUCGGAGGAAACACCAUACACCUGGUGACCUGGUCAGCGUGCACUGUGCCCAGCCCACCACAGGAGUCACUAGUACACGAUGAGACAAGGAUAUCCCUGCCUGCCAUCAUACAUUAAUUACUAAUUACAGUAUGUCAUACAAGAACCAAUAUGACGGCUGGUUACACAAAGAAAGGGGGUUGGGUUUGAAUGAAAACGCGGGAAGACUGAGGAACAAAAGGAUUGGGUCUCUAUCGGACCUUAUGAAGCCAUGCUAUCGUAAAUACAGAAUAUUAUGCAUUCUAAAUAACCACCCAUUUGGAAAUGGAAAAUGCAAAAAAUAUUUACUCUGAGCUGCACUUCGAUAGAUUUGUCGUAGAUGGAAGGCUGGGUUGCCCAGCAGAGAUCUCCCUUGUCCUUAGAAUAAUAUGUCUUGUGGUAGAACAGGUACAUUGUAGUACCGUCGUCGUGUGGUAGAACGGAUACGUUGUAGUACCCUGUCUUUCUGAAGAGAUUGUCCGUCCUUUCCUAGCCCACGUUUACAGCUCCUGCUGCUAACUCGAUGUCUAGGAUGUAUCACUUCUUUAGUGAAUAAGAGUUCAAAGUUCAUACCAGGUUGCCAUACUAUAAACUCAUGCUAUAUUCUGGCUGGUAUAGUCGAAAUUCAUCCUUCCAGUGUGUCGAUCGUCACCUCCACGUUGAAAUUCGCCCUUCUAAAUGAAUGGACAUCAGUCCUCACGUCACCGGGAACACAAUGUUAAUUUCGUUAGGUUGUAGUCAUUCAACCAUUCGCAACCAGAGCUCACGCUGAGGUUGGCUUAGUUCUGUAGUUGAUAUUAUCCCUUCUAAACGUAUGAACAGCAGUCCUCAUGUCAUCGGGAACACAAGGUUGACUUUCGUCAAUGGGCUUUUCUAGUGGUGGAGAGAAGGGCGUGUUUCAUAAUUCACAACCAAUGUCUGUUCACUUGGGCGGGACCACUGAGUGAGCAUAGUUCACUUGUGAAAACAAUUCUCUAAUUUAGAAGCUAAAAUUACAUUUAAUCUUUUCACAAAUAGUUUCAUAUUUAAACAUUUAAAUUGCACAACAAUUCCAUGUGAAUCUGAUAACUAGGAUGUGUAGACUUUCCAAGAUACAGUUUGUCAUCCUAUCAUCAGUAAUAAUGUCUCAGACGACAACUGACGUGACUUCAUAUUCUUUAAGUUCCAACAGAUAUUUUCAACUGGUUGGAUUACCGAAAUAUGGUUCCCUUUCCCAACCUUUUGAUGUUACCAGACUCUCUCUAUGUUAAUAACAAAGGGCUUUCUAAGAGUCCAAUCUGUAGAGUAGAGAAAGAAAAGGGGGAAAGGUAUUUAUGGGGGUCAUAAACCUCACCAACAGGGCAACAUCAUGACAGCAGGACAGGAACAUUUUACACAGCAGUGUAUGGCCUCCGUUCGAUCAAUAGUGGUUCAGAGACAACUUUUUAAUAGAUGCCUGUGAUCAAAUAUUGCAGAUUCCUAAUGAUGAGAAAUUGGCUAAAAUUUGACACAGGAAAAAGUAUUUUGGGUUUAAGAAUCUAGGUAAAAUGCCAGGGGAAUGGAUUCUAAAGAGGUAACAUUAAAAUGAUCUGACCAAACACUCUGGUAACUCAGAAAACCUUGGGGGGGGG